GACCAUGAAGGAGUAGGUAGCGUAGCUUGAAAAAUUAGAACAUUAUUUACGUUCUAUCGCGAUAAUAAGCAUGUAAAAGUUGUGAAAUUUCACCACCAGCUACCGUGACUGUUAUUUUUCACUGCAAACUAAGAAAACUGACAGAUCACAACCUACCAACAUGGCAACACAAUACCUAAUGAUCAUCCUGGCAACACUUCCAUUUUCAAACUCGGAAUACAAGCCCCCGGGCCCGGCGUAUCCAUGCCCGAAAGAGAACCUGCAGCUGUUGCAUCCGUGUGUGUGCGAGAAAGGGACAGAUGCGGGGCUAUAUGUGAGGUGUGAAAACUCAGGGUUGGCAGUACUGAGCGUUGGUCUGGGCAACAUAGCUGGCUUAGGGCUGCCCAUAGAAAGAUUGGAGCUUAAACAAUGCCCCAUACAAAAUCUAUUCGGCUCUCUUUUCCAUCGGUCGUCAGUCCGAGUCCUGCACAUAAUAGACUCCCCAUUAACGACUAUAGAUGAAAACGCCUUCUUCGGCGUCAACAGAACGUUGCAAGAGCUGUAUUUGGAGAAUACAGAGAUAGUUACCUUCCCUAAGGAGGCUUUUAAGAUACUAGGUAAUCUAUCCAUCCUAUCCAUAGACGGUCACCGCAUGACCAAGCUGGGUAAAGAUAUAUUCGCGGGCAGCGACGCGGCCGGCCGACUUGAGAAACUACGUAUCACCAAUGGGUUGUUGAACGACUUUCCUGCGGAAGCUUUUCAGAAUCUGAAAAAGCUGAAAACCCUGGACCUGCACGGCAACAGGCUGGCUGUUCUAAAGAGGAAUCAGUUUAAAGGUCUAAGGGACACUGAAGUACUAGACAUAAGUUACAACAAUAUAAGUAAGCUGGACGGUCAGCAUAUCGGUGACCUGACGAAGCUGGGGUGGUGUAAUGUCAGCCACAACCUUAUAGGAGAGAUAGCCAGGGGUAUGUUCGCGAGGAACACGGUGUUAAAAGUACUUCACCUGGAUAACAACAAGAUUAAGAAGAUUGAUACCAACAGCUUCAGAGGGAUGAGAUUUUUGAGGCGCCUAUUCCUCCAAGACAACAUGAUAUCAGACGUCGGCCGCGGCGCCUUCUCUGCAGUCACCAGAAUAGGCACAGUGGACCUGGCCAGGAAUAAGAUCGCCAAGGUGGACUACCAGAUGUUCCAGCAGGUCAAAUAUGCUGAGAUUAUAAACUUGGCCGAAAACCAAAUCAAAAUAAUCGAAAGCCAAGCCUUCACGGACCUGUACUUGGCCACCGUCAACAUCUCUCACAACGAAUUAUCAACCAUAGAGAAGGGAGCGUUCCAAAACUGCCAAAACUUGACCAUGUUGGACUUGAGUCAUAAUAAGAUUGUUAAUAUCAGUAAAGGAGCAUUUGAUGAGAACAGUUAUGCAGGAGAGUUUACAGUGGCGUAUAAUGAAAUAGUAGAUUUUUCACAGAUACCCGUACAAAAUAUGUCCGGCAUAAGAGUCCUGAACGCGUCAUACAACCAAAUUGUCACUAUUCCAAAAAUGGCGUUUCCCAAACUGUAUGAACUCCAUACAGUUGACGUUUCACAUAAUAAUCUGACAGAGAUACACAAUGCCGUCUUACAGAAUCUGUUUUCUUUAAGGUACCUAAACUUAUCCUACAACUCAAUGGAAAUAAUCAAAUCAGCCACAUUCGGUACCUUACCAACGCUACUACAACUGGAUUUGUCGCACAACAAGUUGCGCGAUCCGUCUCGAGGCGGUCUCGCUAAAUUGGCUAGUUGUAGAUCUAUUGAUAUCAGUUACAAUCAGCUGGAUAAGAUAUUCCAAAUACCUAUUAGUUUGAGUGAACUAAACUACGCCCACAACAACCUAACCGAGAUCAAACCGAGCACCUGGCCGACCAUGAACGCGUUGCUCCGGCUCAACCUGUCGUCGAACAUGUUGGCGGACUUGUCGGCCGACAGUUUCGCCGGUCUGCUGACGCUACAAGGCUUGGACUUGUCCGGCAACGGAAUCGCCACGCCGCCGUGGCAGGCGCUCAACACGCUCACUAGUCUACAGUAUUUGUAUCUACAGAACAACAACCUAACGUACCUAUCUAAAGCUGCCUUCGGCAACCUGCCGACCAUCUUCAAGCUGGACCUUUCGGACAACCAGCUGGCGGACAUAGCCCAGGAGUCCUUCAAGGGUCUGCAGCAGCUGCUCGAUCUGUCGUUGAGGAACAAUAUGCUGGAGAGGGUCACCAACGAGGCCUUUAAGGGGCUGGUCGCUUUAAGGAAAUUGGAUCUGUCACACAACUAUUUGGAGAGGAUCGACAACAAAACACACGGAUUAUUAGACGAUUGCCUGUCUCUGGAAAAGGUGGACCUAAGUCAUAACCGCUUCGGCUUUCUGACCAAGAAAAUGUUCCCCGCGAAUCCCUGGAUCCCGUACCGACUGUUCGAAGUGGACCUCAGUUACAACGAGAUCCCAGUUCUGACCCUGGACCUUACACUUGGCACUAAGAAACUUAAGAAACUCAUAUUGAAAGGAAAUAUUAUCAAUGAUAUUAGGAAUAAUGUUCUUGGUAACUUAACAUCCCUUGAAGUACUGGAUCUGUCUGAUAACCAGUUGAAGGAUUUAGUUUCCAGGACAUCCGAUCUUCAAUUCAAUCUACCAGAGAACCUAACCGAAUUGUAUGUACAAAACAAUACGCUGCAAGAAAUACCGAUAAAACAGAUUGUCAACGCGACCAAGCUUCGGGUGCUGGACGUGCGGGAUAACUUGCUGGACACAUUCCAUCCAGCGUUGGUUAGAAAGAUGAGGGACCAGGGGAUGAAAGUUUAUUUUGAAGGAAACAACCUAAAAUGCGACUGCUUCACUCGUCCCCUGAAACACCUCCUGAACCACCGAACCAUAGACUACAACAUCACCUGCUCCGAGCCCUUGUCUAUGGCCGGGCAGCCUUUAUACACCAUAGACGAGGAACGGCUGCUGUGCGCCAAAAAUAUAGGACUAGAGGAAAAAAUUAAGGAGUUCGGGGCGGAAGAGUUUGAUUUUGAGCUGGAACCGGAUUUGAGCUUUAGAGAUAUACAGUAUUCGCAGUCAACAAUACACGCGCACUGGUUCGUCCGGACAACAGAAGACGUGGCCGAUUUCUUUCUCUUCAUCAUAAAUGACAAAGGAAAUGUCGUGUAUUCCAACGAUGUGCCGUAUAAUCUACGUUCUAUAAAAAUUGAUAUAGACAACGAUCUGCAAACGUCACUCAAAGAAAAUGGCGUCAUAUUUGACAUUUGCGUGCAAGCGAAAAAGUCCAACGGUUUCGCGCGCAAACGCUACCCGAGCCAGUGUCAAAACGUGCCUUCCAAUUUUGAAAGCUGGCCGAAAAAAGUGAACGUCGACAAGCGGCGGCUGACGAAGAAAAAAACGUAUUCUUUUUUCAAAAAUAACGUUCUGAGGUUAGUGAGCGACUCCAUUUUGAUUACUCUGUGCAUAUUUUUGGGCGUGUGCUUUAGGAAGUUGGCGGAUUUUGAGAUUUAACGUGCAG